AUGAGCCUUCCUGCCAUCAUUUUCACCGAUUGGGACGGCACCGUCACUCUUCAAGACUCAAAUGAUUACUUGACCGAAAACCUCGGCUUUGGCCGUCCUCGCAGAUUGGAGAUCAACGACGAAAUCCUCAACGAGUCCAAGUCAUUUAAGGACGGCUUCUCCGAAAUGUUGAGCUCGAUUCCCACGCCGUUUCCUGAAUGCAUUGAGUAUCUUUUAAACAACAUUCAGCUUGACCCCGGCUUCAAGGAUUUCUACACCUGGUGUGAAAGUAAAGGCAUUCCUGUGAUCGUGGUGAGUAGUGGUAUGACGCCUAUUAUCCACGCCUUGCUUCAGAGCUUGGUGGGGGAGGAAGCGGUGAAAAACAUCCAGAUCAUUUCCAAUGAUGUCGACAUUGAUCCAGCCACAGGAAAGUGGAAGAUUGUCUACAGAGACCCGGACACUGGCUUUGGCCACGACAAAAGCAGAUCCAUCAGAGAAUACUUGAAAGCCAAUGGUUACACUGCGGAAAACAUGCCUCCGCUCUUCUAUUGCGGUGAUGGUGUUUCCGACUUGUCUGCGGCUAAAGAAACCAACCUUCUUUUCGCCAAACAUGGCAAGGACUUGAUCACGUAUUGUAGGAGGGAGAACAUCCCCUACACCGAAUUCAAUGAUUUUGCAGACAUAUUCUCCAAAAUCAGAAGCAUUGUAGAGGGAGGGAAAAGGUACGAAGACUACAUUGAAAACUAG